AUGUCAUCUUCAAGAGACAACAAUUCCGCGUCCGACCCACGGAAUCAUGAACUUAAUAUCGUAUUAUACAACCCCAGCAUCGAUGCAGCUUACAGUCAUCACGAGAUGAUACAAGUCUUUAACUCUGUCCCUGGGAGAAUGGAAAAAUUCUGUAAACAAGCUCCGAGGGAUGCUGAAACCUUGGUGUUUUUGCAGAAGAAUAUGGAGUUUAUACAGUCGCGACUAGACGACCAUGAAAAGGAGGGCAAGAAUCUAAUAGUAACUCUCCUGAUGUGGAGCGACUUUUGUGAGAAAAUGGGAGAAGCAGUUAGGUCUUCUUGGAAAAAUGCAAAGAACAUUGGAAACAUCGAUGAAGCAGAGGGAACGGAACUAGAUCCUAAGAUCGAUCAGUUGUUAAGAGUUGAAGACAUAAUUGAAGGAAGUAUCUCGAGGUUGGGAGAACAUUAUGAGGGUGCUUAUGAAGACUCUGUAUAUAGUGAUUGUGUGCCAUUGGAUUCUCAACAACCGUCUGAAAAGCAGACAAGAUUCAAUAUCAUGCCACCAAAACCUAAACUCCACCAAGGCCUCGAAUCUUCCAUCUGGGCCCCACGGUCACUAGAGCAAAAGGAGAAAAAUUUGAGGCAAGAAAACGAAUGGUGGCGUGGACCUACACCCACCAACCAAUUCGAGAUAUCCAACGCCUCCAACAAAUCACAACUCCCAAGCCCAGAACACCCCAAUGAAAAAAUCACCCUCGCCUUCUACAUGCCCACGAUGCCCUUAAUAGACGGCCCCCCCGUCUCCCCUUUCCAGCUCGCCACUACGAGUUUAUAUUCCCUAACGCUCAUUCAGCCCGACCAAGUCCCCAAAGUCCCUAUCAAGCACGCGAUCGUACAUCAGGAUAUCAUCACCAAUACCAUGGAAACACUGUAUUUCCUAAGAAAAAACAUCAAGAAAAUUGCGAGUAUUGCUCUGGGAACGAUGGAAGGUAGUGAGCGAGCGGACCGGCUCGUCGGGGGUGUUAUAGACAGGGGUUGA